AUGUUGAUCGAAGAACGGUCCUUGAUAGAGAAGCCGAAGAGAACGCGAAAGACUCACAAUAAAGUCAGAACCGGAUGUCUGACCUGCAAGAUCCGGAGAAAGAAAUGCGAUGAAGAAAAACCCUUUUGCCGACGAUGUACAAGCACAGGUCGUAAAUGUGACGGCUAUGCCAGUCCAUCUCCACCACAAACAUUGACAUCAGAAGGUUCAUCUCCCAGCAUAGACGAACCUAGAACCAAACGUCAAAAGACCAACACAAGCGGCAAAGUUGCCAUCCCUCCCAUCACACCGACGAAGGGCAAAUCCCUAGACGAUGAAGAAUACACCCAACUCAUCCGCCCUCCUUCUCAUGUCCUCUUCGACACCGACAAUGAUUUCUUCUGCUUCGACUUCUUCCGACUACGCACCGGACCCGAGUUCGCCGCAUAUUUCGACAGCUCCGUCUGGCGCUCCUAUAUUGUCCGAGCAUGUUUUCAACAUCCUACCGUCCUCGCCGCCGCCGCGGCGGUCGGCGCUGUCCACCGAAGAUUCGAACUAGGCAUCUCACGCGAAGCGUUCGAAUACUGCGACCUCUCGGACAAACUAUAUCAAAAGGCACUCCGACGGCUGGCGAAUGACAUAGCUUCAGAUCAUCCCAAUGCGGCCGAGAUCAAUAUGGUGGUAAUGAAACUGUUCAGCAUCUUCGAGACAUUCCAGGGCAAUUAUGACCUGGCACAGAUGCACAUGACAUCUGGACUCAAAUUGCUCCUGAGUCGAAAAUCCCGCACGACAUACAGAGACACGCAAUAUCGAACCGUGGACAUCAAUUACGAAACCUUGCGAAAACUCUUCUUAAAGCUCGAGAUAGAAUCUGUUCGAAUGUUUGGUGGCCUGGCCAAAAUCCUCAGCGACCCAGAAGAAUCGGUACUGGAUCUUUCACUCGACCCAUUUUCGCGCGAUUCUCCUCCUUCUCUUCCCGAUCCGAAUCCUUAUGUGAUCCCGCAGGCCUUUUCGUCUCUUUCACAGGCCCGUGACGUCUUAUUUACGGAAGCAAAAUGGAUCUGGCACACCUGGACCCUUCUUGAACAAGGCCUACUCGCCGGAUCGGGGUUUUCCCGGCACCACACGCACAUUUCCCGCUUACUGCAAUGGUCGAUGGCCUAUGCCGAGUACUCGAAAAGCGAAGAUAGUCUGCGCAACCGUGGAGAUCGCCGUCUAGCACAUCUGUUAAAGGCAUACCGUGAGGCGUCGUAUCUUUUGCUUCUGACACAGAUGGCCUUCCAUUCCCCUGAGACGGGUGAGGUGAUUGUCCCCCUGUGCGAUCCCCCCGAGACAUGUGACUGUCAUAAGUCGUGCCGGACAUACGCCGAGAGAAAAGAAGCGCUCAACGCCCAUUUUGCCCGGCUUCUGGUGUUGAGCGAGAGUAUUUUCAACCAGUCAUCCUUCUUUGCGUACGAAGAACAUUCCCUCAGUGUAGACAGCGGAAUCGGACCGCCGCUGUACCUCGGUGCGGCGCAAUGUCGUUCCACCAAGGUUCGGCACCAGGUGACUUCGCUUCUAGAGGAGAGCGAGAUAAAGUCUCGUGUCUGGGAUACGCUGGGCGUAUAUACGAUUGCGGAGAAGAUGUCGAGUGUUGAGGAACAUGCCGUGGUGGGUUGUGGGGCGGUCGCGGAAGAGUUGAACCCCAAGUGGGUGGACAUCACGUUCUUCCUAGAUGAGAGGAUGGUGUUGCUGAGGUAUUGUACGGCCGAUAAGGAGGGGCAGGGCGCGAAGAUCAGGGGGACAGGUCUUGUCAGUGAGGAUUAUACCGGGAGUGGGAGUGGGGGGUUGAUUUGGACGCAGGAGUGGAUUACCUUUAAAUCAUGA